GCCACGCCCCCGCGCAGGCCACGCCCCCGAGCGACUUCCUUCGCGCUUCUGGCCAGGUCGGUCAGAGUCUUGGGGCUGCACAUGGGAUGAGACUCGGGCGACUCAUGAAGGUGUUCGUAACCCGCAGGAUACCCCCCGAGGGGAGGGCCGCGCUCGCCCAGGCCGCAGACUGCGAGAUGGAGCUGUGGGAUUCUGAUGAGCCCAUCCCCAGCAAGGAGCUGGAGCAACGUGUGGCAGGGGCCUAUGGCCUGCUCUGCCUCCUUUCUGACCGAGUGGACAAGAAGAUUCUGGAUGCUGCGGGAGCUAACCUCAAAGUCAUCAGCACACUGUCUGUGGGUGUCGACCACUUGGCUUUGGAUGAAAUCAAGAAGCGUGGGAUCCGAGUAGGCUACACCCCAGACGUCCUGACAGAUGCCACUGCGGAACUGGCUGUCUCCUUGCUGCUUACCACCUGUCGAAGGUUGCCAGAGGCCAUGGCGGAAGUGAAAAAUGGUGGCUGGACCUCAUGGAAGCCCUUGUGGAUGUGUGGCUAUGGACUCACGCAGAGCACUGUUGGCAUCAUGGGGCUCGGGCGCAUAGGCCAGGCCAUUGCUCGGCGUCUGAAACCAUUUGGUAUCCAGAGAUUUCUAUAUACAGGGCGCCAGCCCAAGCCUCAGGAAGCAGCAGAAUUCCAGGCAGAGUUUGUGUCUGCCUCUCAGCUGGCCGCAGAGUCUGACUUCAUCGUGGUGGCCUGCUCCUUAACACCUGAAACCAAAGGGCUCUGCAACAGGGACUUCUUCCAGAAGAUGAAGAAAACAGCCGUGUUUGUCAACAUUAGCAGGCAGCCUGGUGGGGGAACUCAUACCACCACUGCCAUUUCCAGGGGAGAUGUUGUAAACCAGGAUGACCUGUACCAGGCCUUGGCCAGUGGUCAGAUUGCAGCUGCUGGGCUGGAUGUGACAACCCCAGAACCACUGCCUACAGAGCACCCCCUGCUGACCCUGAAGAACUGUGUGAUUCUGCCCCACAUUGGCAGUGCCACUUACAAGACUCGAAACACCAUGUCCUUGUUGGCAGCUAACAACUUGCUGGCUGGCCUGAGAGGAGAGCCAAUGGCCAGUGAACUCAAGCUGUAGGGAGACAGCCCCACAGGCCGGAGCCAGUGCUCUGAUAUUCCGCUGACACACCAGGCAGAAUUUGGCCCCACAGGUGGAAGCCGAGGGAAAGACUGAUCUGUUCUGAUGCUGCAAGUGAAGACGGGUACCGGUUGAUGUGCUUUGCUAUUUCUAUGGCUGGACACAUCCACGCCAAAAGCCUGUAAUUCUCUCAUUAAAUAAUUUUCUAAGACUG